UAGUCUGUAAUUGGAUUUUGAAAGCAUCGAAAGCAUCAAUUAGAUAUCUUCUUUAUUUCUCAUAAAUAUAAGUUUUUACUUCAUUCAGUCUACAAAUAUGUAAAAAAUAGAAUUAAUUUAUUAUAAUUACUUUAACAGAAAUAUGUAGGUAUAACAUAAUUUUAAAAUGGAUAGGAGUGUAUAUAAAUCAUAGUGUAAUCGUAGCGCUACGCAGAGUUGUAGCGUCGGCAGAGUUGGCAAGCAGAACGACUCCCGGCCGGCGCGGCAAGGCGCGGCGGUGCGCCCGCCGUUCGAGCGAUCCUAGCAUAUUUGCCGUUUCGCCGACAUUCCCCAGUUAAUUAAAGCCCAUUUGUACACUGUCUUACGAAAUAUAAUUUAUGAAAUGAGAAAAUGUUUCAACGUUUGCAAAAUAUUUGACUGAAAUAAUUUAGCCAGUGAUUUGUGUACACAUUUGCUUUUUGUUUAAUUGGAGUGAUUGGCAGAGUGAUUGUAAUUAAUGUUUUUUGUUAGUAAGAAGAGGGGUAAAAGAUUAAAUAUAUUUAUAAGACUAUAUGUAUUUUAUAAGCUUAUCGCUAUUAAUAAACAACUGACACAACUCCACCUCCAUGUCGAUUUCAAAUAAGCCCGCCUCAAUCUUAAGCUCCGCCUACCAUUCGAGAUCUAAGAUUAAAAAUCAAGACUGAAUGUAUACUUAAAGGGCAGCGAUACAAUCGAAAUGAAUAUCGUUAACCGUUCUGAAACUAAUGAACACUAACGGGGUUUAUAUCUCUGAGAACAGUGCUUAUCUAAUAGGACAAUGUUAACAAACAAAAUCAACAGAGCGAGGGAAACUUUCGUGAAGCUAAGAAGUCGAAACUGUGUAUACAAUGUCCGGAAAACAGUGAGCACUAACAAGCCGGCCAUCCGAACUUGUUAAACGUAGCGAGCAGAUAACCGACGAAUAAUUCUGGCGGUUGGUCAGCUCCCAAACAGACAGUUGCGAAGUGUGGCUUCGUUGUGGAUGGGAGAAGCUGAGAACGACUAACACUCUCGUGGUUAUGCAUGGAAACUUCUAACUCUACUGUAAAAGUGUCUCAAUAGCUACGAUGGAAUCGCAGUCCUUAGGCCGCACCCGACAAACUCCUACGGCGAGAAAUCAUAUCGUCUACACUGACCACAAAGGACGAAAGAUACCUUAUGCGGACAAGAUCACCCCGGAGCCAAUCCUGAACAACAAUGCGGGGCGGGACACAAAGGCCGACUCGAUCAGGAACAGUUAUAAUAGCCAAUUCAAAGUUGGCAUCUACGGAUGGCGGAAGAAAUGCCUUUACAUUCUUGUCAUGGCACUCAUGUUUAUGAUGAUUAUUAAUCUUGCACUCACGUUAUGGGUUCUUAAAGUUUUGGAUUUUAAUUCGGAGGGCAUGGGCCAGCUACGCAUAGUACCUGGGGGCUUGCAACUUUUGGGGCAGGCUCUAGUACUUGAUUCAUUGUUCACUUCAAGCAUCAAGUCGCGUCGAGGACAGCCCAUCUCCAUAGAGUCAUCUCGUAACUUUACCGUCUCCACACGAGAUCCUCAUGGAUUAUUGCAGAGUAGAUUAUAUUUAAGUCAUGAUCGCUUGGAAGUAAACGUAGCGAGGCUGGAGGUGCGUGACUCCCGGGGCGCGUUACUAUUAGGUGCGGGACAGGACUCGGUCACUGUCGGGGCUGACUCCCUGACCGUCGCCAGUCCUGCGGGUGUGACGCUACACACAGCUGCGCAAACGCCACUAGUGCGGGCGCCACCAUCAAAGCAAUUAAUCCUAGAAUCUCCAACACGAUCAUUGGAGAUGCACGCGGCACAGAACAUAGCGUUAGAAUCUCGUGCUGGGGACAUUAGUGCCAGCUGCCUCACCACAUUUCAUCUAAAAUCUGUCGCUGGAUCAAUACAUCUGGAUGCUCCGAGCAUAUACAUGCCGAAAUUGAAGUCAGCACUGCCAUUGCCAGCCUCGGCCCCACAUGCCCAUGAUUCGCAUCAUCAAAACAUUUACCAGUUGUGCGCGUGUGCUAAUGGCAAACUGUUCUUAGCGCCACCGCACGGCGCUUGCGGCGCUAGAGAGGAAAGCCUUAUUUGUCGAUGAUGUUUCGUACUGUGAUCUAUGGGCUUAAUAAUUUUAGUCAAUUUUCAUGUUAUUUUUUUAAAUAUAUCUGGUUAGAAUGUAUGAAAUGUGUUCUAAAUUGUCUGCGUAUUUAUAUUACUUAAUAUAGGCAUUUUUAUUUUAUUUGGAAUGUUCAUGUUUUCUUUAUUUUGAAUACUUUCUAACAG